AUUAAGUAUUAAAAAUAUAGUUUUAUUUUCAAAUGUAAAAAAAUAUCAUGAAAAUGAUAAAGAUACAAUUUAUAACUCGACAUAUAAUAUUGGUAAAGACAUAAUUCAUGUUUCUUUUAUGGAUGAGUUAUUACCAGGAAUUUACACUUUAAAUAUAAAAUAUUAUGGUAAUACUGAUGAAUCCUUUAGAAUAUUUGACAUGAAAGGAAAAAUUGCUUUGAUAGGUGCUACUCAGUUUCAUAUAAUCUGCACCCGACGAUUGUCUUCAUGUUGGAAUGAACAGAAUUUAUUGUUAGAAGCAACCUUUAAUAUAUCUAUAGGAUGUAAUCAAUGUACGGCUUUGUCAAAUAUACCAUUGCGACAAACGGAAGAAAAUAAGUUUAAAAUGUUAUGGACACACUUCGCUAUCACAUCUGCAAUGUCGCCUUAUCUUGCAACAAUGAUUGUGUCUAAUUACCUAUUACUUAUUGAUAAAGACACUCAAAACAUUGAAAUGUGGUGCAGAAACGAAUCUGGAUUUCACAUAGAAUUUGCAGAAAAUGUAGCUGAAAAUAUCACGUUGCUGUUCAAAAAUGAAUGGAAACAAUGUUCGAACAAUAUUUCGAAGGUAACACAUGUUGCAAUUCCAAAUUUCCAUGACAAUGGCAUAAUAGUUUUCGGACUUGUUUUUUAUAAAGAAGCAGAUAUCAUCUACAAUGAAAAUUUAUAUCCUAUUGCUCACAAAAUCGAAGUAGCUCAAUUAGUAGGACGUAAAGUGACACAGGAAUGGUUUAAUAACAUGUUGAACGAUCCAUUAUUGUCGGAUUUUUGGUUUAAAAAAGGUCUUAUUUUAUUGCUUGCAACGUAUGCUGUCAAUAAGGUACGUAAUUUUAAAUAUUAUCAACUCUAUCUCGCUCCCACCUUCUUGUAAACGAUAUAAUACUUAAACAUUUAGAUUGCAAGGUUUUCUUAAAUCAAACCCUUUUUACAAAAUCUAUAUGCAU